AUGACUGAUUCCUCCUCAGAAUAUGAUAGCAUUAAUGAAGGCUAAUAUGAAGCUAAAAUAGGGGAGAAAUUAAAAAACAAUCAAUAUCAAAUAAUAAAAUGGUUAGGUGAUGGAACAUUUUCAAAAGUGUGGCUAGUGAAAGAUUUAAUUACUUUGUCUCAUUAUGCUCUCAAGAUUUAAAGUUCAUAAUAUUCAGAUGCAGCCAUAGAAGAAAUAGAUAUAUUAAAGUAUUAUAUGAUUAUAAACUAGAAUUUUGAAUGAAAAUGAAAAUUCACCUUAAUGGCUUGAUAUUCAAAAAAAUAAUAUUGGUAAUUAAUAAUAAACACAUUGUGUAAAAAUGGUUGAUUCUUUUGUUCAUAUUGUUAAUGAAACCUUGCAUCAUUGUGUAGUAAUGGAAAUUUUGGGACCUACUUUAUUGGAUCUAAUUAGAUUUUAUGAAAAGAAAGUAUAUGAUGUUAUGAUGAUUAGAAUUCUAGUAUGAGUAUUUAAUUAGGAAAAGAAGUAACUAAAUAAAUAUUGAUUGGAUUGAUUUAUUCACAUGAUGUAUGCUAAAUUAUUCAUACUGACAUAAAACCAGAAAACAUUAUGAUUGAAUUAAAUGAACAAUAAUUAAAGUAGUUAAUUAAUGAUGAUGAGGCUGAUGAUAAGAAAAAAAAGUAAUAAGAGAAAAUAUUUAGAGAGUUAAAUUAAAUAAUAUUAAUAUUGGUGAUAUUUUUAUUUGGAAAGAGAAUGUAUUAAUUAAUGUAAACACUGAACUUAAAUUUAAAUUAGUUGAUUUUGGAAAUGCUUGUCAAACUAAUUAAUAAUUUGAAGAAAUUUAAACUAAGGAAUAUAAAUCUCCUGAAUCUAUUAUAUAAGCUUAAUAUUCAACAAAUACAGAUAUUUGGUCAUUAGCAUGUGUAACAUUUGAAAUAUUGACAAAUGAUUAUUUAUUCAAUCCUGAAGGAGAAGAUGAAGAAGAAGAAAUGGAUGAUCUAUUAGCAAUGAUGAUAGAAUUGAUAGGACCUCCAACAUCAACUUUCUUAAGUAAAGGUAAAAGAAGUUCAUAGUAUUUCGAAAAAAAUGGAGAUUUAAAAAGAAUUAAAGUAUAUUAGUUUAUUUUAAUAAGGAAUUACAAAAAUUCACCCUAAGUAAUACAUUAAUUAAAGAUUAUGAUUUUGAAGAAAAUGAAGCAAAAAAUUUAGAAGAUUUCAUUCUAUAUGCCUUAAAAUGGGAUCCUCUUGAUAGACCUUCCUCAUUAAAUAUGUUCUUGCAUCCUUGGCUUAAAUAAUGAA